UCGCUAAUGCGUGCGUGGGGGCCUUUUUUUUUCCGGACGGCGACGCGCGUGGGGACGGAGCACGCACGAGCUGAGGAGUGAGGACACGCGGGCCAUCCCCUCCCCAUCGAUCGAUCCAGAACCCAACCCCAAUCCAACGGCUGCGAGAGCUCUCGUCGCGCCGCCGCCGCCACCUGACAGUCUCCUCUCCCCUGCGCGCGCACGACGAGCGCCGGGCCGGGACAGCCGCCAACUCCAUCCAACUUCCUUAAACCCUAGCGCCAGCAGCAGGCAACCAGCGCCGACGAGGAGGAGCGCGGAGUAGAGGGGCUCCGGCGACCGCGUCGGAGAUGGCGGCGAGCCACGGCGCGGGGUCGCUCAAGUCCACCUCCAUCAACGGGGUCAAGCUCUACUCGCUCACCGGCGGCCGCUAUGUCGCCCCCUGGGUCGUCGCGAAGAAGAAGCGCGCCCUCCGCAAGGACAAAGAGUAUCAGCGGAGGCUGGAUUUGAUCCACGACCUGAGGUUCGAGACCGCCACCACCAAGAUCAAGCUGACGCCCGAUGACCAGUACCUGAUCGCCUCAGGUAUUUACCCCCCGCAAGUUAAAGUCUACGAGUUGAAGGAAUUGUCGAUGAAGUUCGAGCGGCACAUGAUCUCAGAAAUUGUAGAUUUCCAGAUCCUUGGUGAUGACUAUUCCAAACUCGCGUUUUUGUGUGCUGAUCGUUCUGUAAAUUUGCACGCUAAGUAUGGAAGCCACUAUAGCUUGAGAAUUCCAAGAGUGGGAAGGGACAUGGCCUACGAUUGCUGGUCCUGCGACUUGCUAUGUGCUGCUUCAUCACCAGAUCUGUACAGGAUAAACCUAGAGCAGGGACGAUUCCUUGCUUCUCUUUCCUCCGAAUCACCAGCAAUAAAUGCGGUUACACGAAGUAAGAUCCAUGGGCUUGUUGCUUGCGGUGGUGAGGAUGGUGCAGUUGAGUGUUUUGAUAUGAGGAAAAAAACUUCUGUUGGCAGAAUUAAUAUUCCAGCUGUUAGUUCUGAAGAUUAUUCUCAGGAGGUCACGUCUUUGCAAUUUGAUGAAGAUCAAGGAUACUUUAUGGCAGUGGGGACCAGUACAGGAAAGAUAUCAAUAUAUGAUUUACGCAUGUCUUCUCCUCUGAGAGUUAAGGAUCACAUGUAUGGUAGCCCAAUAUUAAAUAUCAAAUGGCACCAGACACUUAAUUCUACUGAACCUAAACUGAUCACUGCUGAUAAGCACAUAGUGAGAAUCUGGGAUCCUAAUACAGGAAAUAACAUGACUAGCAUUGAACCAGAUGGUGGUGCUAUCAAUGAUGUCUGUGUCUUCCGGAAUAGUGGUUUAGUGCUAUUAGCCCUGGACAAUAGCCAGAUACCUGCCCACUUCAUUCCUGCGCUCGGCCCAGCUCCAAAGUGGUGUUCACAUCUUGAUAACUUAACUGAGGAGAUGGAAGAGAAACCAGAUACAACACUGUUUGAUGAGUACAAGUUCUUGACUAAAGAAGAGAUGGAGCGACUGAACCUUACUCAAUACAUUGGCAGCAGUGCUGUAAGAGCAUAUUUACAUGGAUUUAUUGUACGUUAUGAACUAUACAAGAAGCAACGGGCAGCAGUUGCUCCUGUUGAAUACGAGACAAUUAAAGAUGAGAUAAAGAAAAAGAAAUUAGAAGCUCAGAGAAAAUCUCGUAUAACGCAAGUCGUCAAAAUACCGAAGGUUAACAGGCAGAUUAUGGACAGUAUAAGGGAAGAUGAAAUAGAUCUUGAUAUGGAGAAUGUUGAUAAAUCAAGUAUUAAGAAGAAGAAAAGAAAACUAGAACUGAAUAAGGCCAUUUUGGAUGAUGAUCGGUUCAAAGAAAUGUUUGAGAAUAAGGAUUUUGAAAUUGAUGAAGAAUCAAAAGAAUACCUCGCACUUCAUCCUCAGGCAGCCACAAAGGAGCCUCGCCUGAUUGAAGAACAUUUUGAUAGUGUUAGCGAGGACGACCAACAAUCUGAUGGUAACACAUCUGACACUCUAGCGGAAUCUGACAGUGAUGAUGUCAUGCAUAAUUCAAAGCGUAUAAGGUUAUACGAGGUCAAGGAUGAACACCAUGCGGAAGCAUUUUUGAACAGCGUCUCUUUAUCAAACGAGGAUGCUGCUCCCCUUGAGGAUAGGAUAGCUGCCCUGGAAAGGAAACAGAACUCCAAAGCACUUGAUGCGGUCAAGUACGGGCCUGGUGGCUCACGAGAGAUUUCGUUUUUCUCUAAAAGCCGGAGAAGGCACAAGGAAGAGUCGUCUAGCGACGACGAACCCAAGGGUGUCAAAAAGAGAGCUGUGCAGCCGCUGGGCUUGAAGCAGGGAAAAGCUGAGUUCUAUAUGUUUGGCGGAAAUCGUGGCAGAGGUAGAGGCGGUAGUGGCAGAGGUAGAAGCGGCCGAGGAAGAGGUGGAGGUGGAGGUGGAGGAGGAAGAGGUGGAGGAAGAGGUGGAGGAGGAAGAGGUGGAGGUAGGGGCAGGGGCAGAGGAUGAAUGGGGCCUGUAACAUUGACCCCGUUCCUGCCUUUGCAGGGGUUUUGGUAAGCUUGAAAUGGAUGGAUCCUGCACAUGCAGUGGGUAGAAAGUGUGUUCCUUCACAACAUAGGCAAGAGCUAGAGUAACUGAGGAUUGCUGCUUCAGAAUUUUUGGGAAGAGAACUUUGUUAGAAGACAAUAUUACAUAUCUUUUGGUCUACCUUGUAACGGAUUGUUGCAUUCUGGUGGGUGUCUAUGGGUACGGUAUAGCGUUUUUUUUUUGUAAUAGGCAACAUAACUGCUGGCAUUUUCAUUUUUGAGUACUGAAGGCUCUCCAAAGCCAUGAUUAGUAGACAUUCGUUCAUAGAAAACAGAACCAAUAUUAAUAUCUAAAAAUAGAUUUACUAUAAAAAGAUACUUUAACUUAA